AAGGUGUGGUGGCAGUGUCCUGCUCAGCCCUGGUGGCUGGGUUGGUGUGUCCAGAGGAGUGCAGUGGGCAGUGAGGCCGCCAUGGAGUUUCUGACGGGGUCCGUGGCCGUGGCCGUGGCCAUCUUCCUGCUCCUGGUGGACCUGAUGCACCGGCGCCAGCGCUGGGCUGCUCGCUACCCGCCGGGCCCUGUGCCUCUGCCAGGGCUGGGCAACCUGCUGCAGAUGGAUUUCCAGAACCUGCCAUACUGCUUUUACAAGCUCCGGCAUCAAUUCGGGGACGUGUUCAGCCUGCAACUGGCCUGGAAGCCUGUGGUUGUGAUAAAUGGGCUGGAGGCCGUGCGUGAGGCACUGGUGAUCCAUCGCGACAACACCGCAGACCGCCCACCGAUGCCUAUCUAUGAACAUCUGGGCUUUGGACCAAGAGCCAGAGGGGUGAUCCUGGCACCCUAUGAGCAGGCCUGGCGUGAACAGCGACGCUUUGCCCUGUCCACCCUGCGCAACUUUGGCCUGGGCAAGAAGUCACUGGAGCAGUGGGUGACAGAGGAGGCCGGCUGCCUGUGUGCGGCCUUCGCUGACCAAGCAGGAGGCCCCUUCAGCCCCAUGGCCCUCCUGAACAAAGCCGUGUGCAACGUGAUCGCCUCCCUCAUCUAUGCCCGCCGCUUCGAGUAUGACGAUGCCUCCCUGGACAGAAUGUUGGAGGUGGUCCGCAGGUCUGCAAAUGAGGACUCUGGCUUCCUCCCUGAGUUGCUGAACGCAGUCCCCGUGCUCCUGCGCAUCCCCGGGCUGCCUGGGAAGGUCUUCCCUGCACAGAAAGCCUUCAUGGACCUGCUGGAUGAGCUGCUGGCAGAGCACAAGAUGACCCGAGACCCUGCUGAGCCACUACGAGACCUGACCGACGCCUUCCUGGCUGAGGUGGAGAAGGCCAAGGGGAACCCCAACAGCAGCUUCAAUGAGGACAAUCUGCGCAUGGUGGUGGUUGACCUGUUCACCGCAGGGAUGGUGACCACCUCCACCACGCUGUCGUGGGCCCUGCUGCUCAUGAUCCUGCACCCGGAUGUGCAGCGCCGCGUGCAGCAGGAGAUCGAUGAGGUGAUCGGGCAGGCGCGGCGGCCAGAGAUGGGGGACCAGGCCCGCAUGCCCUUCACCUGCGCAGUGAUCCAUGAGGUGCAACGCUUUGCCGACAUUAUCCCAGUGAAUUUGCCCCACAUGACGUCCCGGGACGUGGAAGUGCAGGGCUUCCUCAUCCCUAAGGGCACCACGCUCCUCACCAACCUGUCGUCGGUGCUGAAGGACGAGCACAUCUGGGAGCAGCCCUUCCGCUUCCACCCUGCACACUUCCUGGAUGCCCAGGGCCGCUUUGUGAAGCCUGAGGCCUUCAUGCCCUUCUCAGCAGGCCCCCGCACGUGUCUGGGGGAGCCCCUGGCGCGCAUGGAGCUCUUCCUCUUCUUCACCUGCCUCCUGCAGCGCUUCAGCUUCUCGGUGCCCACAGGCCAGCCCCGGCCCAGUGACUUCAGGGCCUUUACCUUCCCUGUUACCCCUCGCCCCUACCAGCUCUGUGUUGGGCCACGCUAGGAGGAACACCAGGCCCUCAAUCUGCCCCCAGGAGGUGUCACAAUGCACAAUAAACCUGUCUUUUGCUGCCA